GAACUCACUCGGAGAGAGUAUAUAACCCACCACACCACGCAUCUUGAAGCAAUGCGCGUGUGAAGAGUUUUCGAUUGCAAAAAGAAAAAGUAGCGAAGAAACAAAUUCGAUAGCAUAGCAAAAUGGCACUAGCUAAGGCGAAGGAGAUUGUAGCUUCAAAUGCCGUCGUUGUUUUCAGCAAAAGCUAUUGCCCUUUCUGUGUCCAAGUCAAGAAGCUCUUCGCUAAUUUGGGUGUCACUUUCAAAGCCAUUGAACUCGAUACUGAAUCUGAUGGAAGUGAGAUCCAAGCAGCAUUAGGUCAGUGGACUGGUCAGAGGACUGUGCCGAAUGUUUUUAUUGGUGGAAACCACAUUGGCGGCUGUGACACCACAACCAACUUGCACAGCCAGGGUAAGCUGUUACCCCUGUUGACAUCUGCUGGAGCUCUUUCCGGGUCAACCUCGUAAAGAGGAGUUCAAAUUCUGGUUACAUAGUGUAAUAAAAAUACUCGAAUAAGAGGAGUUCAAAUCUCUUAAUACCCUGAAACUUGCGGUUGUUAUGAACUUAAUACCCUGUUAUUCUUGCGUGAUUCUCUUUAAAGUACAACUCCAUUAAAUAAGUCUAUUAAAUUUUGGUUAUUGACAACA